GCCUCAGUGUGCGUGACGCCUUGAGAGGAGAGGGACACGCCAUCACGACCCUUGACAAAAUGGUGAACAAGAUGGACAUGAGCCUGGACGAGAUCAUCAAGGCCAACAAAAUCAAGGGUGGCCUGCGGAGAGGCGGAGGGGCGGCGGGGCGCGGGCGUGGGCGUGGAGGAGCAGGAGGAGGGGGUGGCCGGGGCGUGAGGCGGGGCUUCGGGGCCGGGGCGGGACGCGGCAGACCCACCCCGGGGCAGAGACCACAGGGGGGAGGCAGGACCAAUUUUGGACAAAGGGGCAAUGUUGACGGUCGGUGGAGCCACGACCUGUACCAAGGGGGUGGAGGCGGUGGGGGUGGUCUGCGGCAAACAUCUGGACCAGCCAAGCUCCUCAUCUCCAACCUGGACUUUGGCGUGUCAGAUUCAGAUAUUCAUGAGUUGUUUGGGGAGUUUGGUGCGAUGAGGAAUGCAGCAGUUCACUACGACCGUUCUGGGAGGUCGCUGGGCACCGCACACGUGGUGUUUGAGCGUCAGGCUGAUGCCAACAAGGCCAUCAAGCAGUACAAUGGCGUGCUGCUGGACGGGCGGGCCAUGAACAUCACCAUUGAGGGCGGGGCGUCAUCGGGGCGCAUCACAUCAGCAGCACCAGUCAAGAGGCUUCAGGGAGGACCCAAACCUGUGGGUGGAGGCUAUGGAGGUGGCCGGGGCAGCAGAGGCAUGCGUGGCAACGCAAGGGGAAGAGGAGGCGGCCGAGGAGGCAGAGGAUUUGGGCGGGGGGCAAGGGCCAAGGUGCCCACUGCUGAAGAAUUGGAUGCCGAGCUUGACGCCUAUGUCAACCAGGUCAACAAGUGAGGUGUCUGGUGAGAAGUCAGAGGAGGGAGCCUGCCGGGAGCCACGCGUAUUGAGCACUUCACACCCCAGGAUGAAAGAAUGAUUCUUUGUUUGCCCAACUGAUGUAUUAGUACUAUGAGACUUUUAAGAUUAUAUAUUGACCUGUAAUUUUAAGACUAGGUGCAUACACUUCUUUUUUUCUAAAGCGUGAGUCAUUUCAUGUGUUUGCACCUGAAUCGUUUAGAUUUAAGUGUAUUCAUGUAUGGAAGAAGUACAAGUAUCCUCAUGGUUAAUAAAUAUAUAGAAAUUUUGUGAAUAAAUAUGUAAAAAAACCUA